AACCAACUCACCUCCGAUACUCAUCCUUGUCAUCAUCUCUGUCAACUCAACUGACAAAAAAAAGCUCUCAACCCUACAUACCAGUAGGGAACACCUAUUUUGAUUUAUCCGAAAAAAAUGCUCUGUUCAUUUCGAUUUCUGACGGUUUCUUCUUGUGCAACGACGCCGUUCUACUCGUCCCACUCCAGAUGCUACCUCCACGGAAAGCUUAAUUCCAAUUUGAAAUGGCGAUCCAUGGCGUCAGACGCCGGCGCCUCUUCCUUUUCCCCUUCCUUUCGUUCUGAUUCAUCCGAUGAUAAAACCUCCGCCGGGUUUUGUAUAAUCGAAGGGCCUGAGACGGAGGAUUUUGCUAAAAUGGAAUUACAGGAAAUCCAGGAUAAUAUUCUGAGUCGGCGAAAUAAGAUUUUUUUGCAGAUGGAGGAGGUUCGCCGGCUUAGAAUACAGCAAAGAAUUAAAAAUACGGAGCUCGGAAUUAUAAACGAAGUGGAAGAAAACGAGCUUCCGAAUUUCCCUUCGUUCAUUCCGUUUUUGCCUCCUUUGAACUCGGCGAACCUUAAGCAGUACUACGCUACUUGUUUUUCUCUUAUGGCCGGAAUCAUGCUUUUUGGUGGACUUAUUGCACCCUUUUUGGAGCUAAAACUGGGAGUCGGGGGAACUUCAUAUAGUGAUUUUAUCACUAGUAUGCAUCUUCCAAUGCAAUUAAGUGAAGUUGAUCCAAUUGUGGCAUCAUUCUCCGGAGGGGCAGUUGGAGUAAUAUCUGCAUUGAUGGUGGUGGAGAUAAACAAUGUGAAGCAACAGGAGCAUAAGAGAUGCAAGUACUGUCUCGGUACAGGGUACCUUGCUUGUGCUCGGUGUACGAGCACUGGUUCUCUUGUUCUUAUCGAACCAGUCUCGACGCAAAACGGAGGAGAUCAGCCCCUUUCAUUACCUAAAACAGAAAGGUGCUCGAAUUGUUCAGGGGCAGGAAAGGUAAUGUGUCCGACGUGUCUUUGCACAGGAAUGGCUAUGGCGAGCGAGCACGAUCCCAGAAUUGACCCCUUCGACUGAGAAUCGAUUGGCUGUUCUUGGACUGCUCGGAUGUGAUGCUUCUUUCAUUUACAAAAGUUAAUUUGCCGAAACUUUCGAUGAAAUUAUCGUGUGUAUAUAUAUAUAUAUAUAAAGUUAUGGACAUAUACCUCAGAUGUGUAUAUUGCCUGUUAUGUGAGAGCAAAACCUGCUAUGGCACCAUUGAAAUCGAUUGAUAGAUAAUCAACAAGCUUU